AUGGCGGCCGCGUCUUCUUCAAAUGAGUUCCAUUACAAAAACAUGCCAUAUACGGUGUUGGUACCAGAGAAUUAUGGGUCGUCAGGAGAAUCUACAAGCGCAAGAACAAAUAAUAUUCUUCAGGUUGUCACAACCUUAAUUUCGAUUAUGAUUUUUAGUUGUACUUUGAUUAUGGUAAUGACGUCCUCUCUUGGUCCGAAACCGCCCCUUGUUCAAAUAAACUCCCUAACUCUUUCAAAUUUUACUGUAUCAAAUACAAAGUUAGCUGCCCAAUGGGUGGCUAAUAUCUCUGUGUACAACCCUAAUGUCGCCUUGGAACUCUCAUUGGAACGUAUCGAGAGCAUGAUAUUUUAUAAAGAAAACGACGCAUUAGCAAUUACAUCAGUUGAUGGAUUCGACUUGGAGGUGAAGGAAGGAAAAAAUUUGAAAAUGAAAUUUGCAACAAGUGGGUACGAGGGCGAUCAACCGAUCGUAGAGUAUCCGGUCUUGAGAGACAUUGAAGAUGCUAAAAAGAAUGGAAUGGUGCGUUUUAGCAUGAGAUUGAGCAUCUGGACAACGUAUAAAGCUAAGUAUUGUCUCACUUGGAGAAGACGAUUUCUUGUGAAUCCUUAUUGUUUAGGGUUAAAUGUUAGGGUUUUAGCAGGAAAUGGUAGCUUGACUAAUAAUAUUGGAGGAGAAAACAGUUUUUGUGAUGUUGUUGUAAGGCUCUCUGAUUCAUGA